GCGCGGCGCCUCGCUUCCAAGGAUCCAGAAAAGCAGGGCAGCCUGUCGCGAACGCGUGCGCCGGCCCCGUGGACGCCAAAGCCGGUAACCAUGGCGAUGCCUGUCGCGCACGUGAUUCCCCCUUCGCUGCGGGCCUUCGGCAUCGACGAGGUCCAGCCCCAGCAAAAGCUAGACCCCAACAAAUAUGAGGUGCCGCGCGGCGUCGACCGUCGGGACGCCUUCGACGCGACGGCGGCUGCUCGUCGAGCGUCGGGACGCCUUCGACGCGACGGCGGCUGCUCGUUGACGGUCGGGAUGCCUUCGAUGCGACGGCUCGUCGACCGUCGGGACGCCUUCGACGCGACGGCGGCUGCCCAAUCGACCCGCGCAGGUGCUCGGCCAGGACAUGCAGGUGCUGCGUAUCCACUUGAAUCGGGGCGAAAAGGCCCUGGCGGAGCCCGGGGCCAUGGUCUACAUGUCGGAGAACGUCGAGGCCGGCUGCGACUCGGCCAAGUGGUGGCCGCGCUGCAUGGGCUGCGAGCCCUGCUGCUUCGCGACGUUCGAGGCGAAAGGCGACGGCGCCUACGUCGGGUUGACGCCGAACCGGCCGGCGAAGGUCCUGCCCCUCGUGUUGGGGGGGCGGCGCUUCCUCGGCAAGAAGGGCAUGUACUUCGCGUCGACGGGGCACGUGGACGUGGACUUCAACAUGGAUCUGAACCCCGUGACCUGCUGCUGCGGCGGCCAAGGCAUGAUCCGCCAGGUCCUGAAGGGCGACGGCAUCGCCUUCAUCGGCGCCAUGGGCGUGCUCACGCACAAGGUGCUGGCGCCGGGCGAGAAGCUGAUCGUGGACACCUGCGUGGAAACCAAAAUUUACGGCGCGUUCUCUCGACCUCCACGCCAUCGGCGCGACGCCUGCCCGAUGGCGUGGCGAUGCCGGUUCUUCAACGCUCGACCGAGCCAGGACGGCCGCGUCAUCGCCGAGAAAUGACUUAGUGAAGAGUUGUCGGGUGCACCCGACGCACUUGUUGAUUUCCACACAGGUGGACACGAACAGCGUCGUCGCCUGGGAAGAGACCGUGGAGUACGGCGUCAAGAAGAACUCGGGCGGCCUGUGCAUGUGCUGCUGCGGCGGCGAAGGCUUCUUCUCGACGCAGCUCACGGGGCCCGGCGAGGUCUACGUCCAGAGCUAUAGCCACGCGAAGUUCAAGCAGUACGCGGUCGACUGGUACCUGGGCGCGCACCCCAUGACGCGCCAGGGCGGCGCCGCGUUCGGGGGCGCGGCGCCCGCGGCGGAGAUGGACCGGUCCUAA